AUGCAUGAUAAAAUUAAUGCUAACCCAAUAGAUUUACUUGGACCACCUGUAGAUAAAGAAAAUGAGAUUACAGAUGAUAAAAAGAUAGAUUUCUAUUCAACUAUUGAUUGUUCUUCUGACCUUGAAUCUAGAGACAUUAAUAGAAAUCAUGACUGGAUUGGUGAUGCUAGACAAUAUUAUUCUACUACUGACCUCGCAGAAACAAGCUUCUUUAUAGUCUUUAAGCAAUUAGAAUCUCAUUAUUACAAUAUACUUACAAGUAGUCAAGAGAAGCCACUAAGAAUUAUCAUCAUGGAGAUUGCGAGUACUAGAAAAUCCUAUCUUAUUAAGGCAAUCAGAAGUAGACUUCAUGAAAUAGCAGGAAUUGAAUCCAAAUCUCCAGUUCUAACCAAUAAUAUUAAUAGAGUAGUGCAUGAUCAAUUCUCAAAUGCUAUAUUUGUUCUUACAAAUUGGACUAAAAUUAAUUUAAUAAAUACAAAUAUGCUUAAGUUUUUAAAUAUUUCUGUUGCAAAAAUACUUGCAGUAUAUCAAAGAGGUGGUACUGAGACUAAAAAUGCUGAUUUAGAUAUGGUGAAUAGUCUUGAUACAGAAUUGUUAUUAGCUAAAGAAAUUAUUCAAGAUAUUUUGUUUGAAGAAAAUCAGAUACCAUCUUUACUUCCUACUGCAGUUUUUAUUAUAUUUGAUAAUUACAAAGAACCUACUAUAAACAAUUUAGAAGGC